UUUAUCCCGCAUUAUUUCGCCCGCUGAUCCGAGGAUGCCUCUCGGUUUAUACUCUCGCGUCGCGCACGCGUCUCCCGCUAAAGGAGACACCUGUUAGGAGCGUUGCUCUGUUAUUUUUAGAACACACCGGCGAUAGGUGCAUAUUAUUAUAUCGGCCGCGGUUUCGACCAUGAACUCGGCAUAUAGGAACCACGGUUACAUGAGCAGAGAGUCACGCAGCUCUCGAUGAGUGUAUAAACGCUUUGACCAUGACUUCGGGGAAUAUACUUAUAUUCGUGAGGGUCCGCGACGCGCGGUGUACCACUUACUUGCCGGAAGCUGCCUUAUUGUUUUCCUUCGCGGUAGAAAAGUUUCUGGCGUCGCGCGCGCGCUUGUUUUCCUUUUUUUUUCCUGCAUCCACUGUCUCGACGGGUGCACUUCGAAAGGUGCAGAGGGAGCAACUGUUUCGUAGUGUUAUCCAAGUUUUUACUCGCGGAAAAAACGGCUUAGUCGAGCCAUUUAACCGCUAAAAGUUUCGUUAGAACGAGGAGAGAGAGAGAGAGAGAGAGAGAGAGAGAGAGAGAGAGAGAGAGAGCUCGUUCAUCAUUCACGCCAGUCACUUGAAUGACGAUAAAAGAUCUGAAUUAUCCUCCAUACUCUUGAUUAUUUUUUCGGCAACACUAUAUCGCCGUGAACACGAGCCGAUCAAAUCAUUGAUCCGUUGCGAACUAUGCGAACUAGUUUCUAUAAUAAAUACUAUGAACUCGCGCUUAAAACAACUGAUGGUCACUACGCGCGCGUAUACUGGUCGCAUUUAUUCGCAACUGAAGGGAAAUACACUCUGCACGUGCGUUUCGGUAUAGAGCGGUAUUAGCGAACAAUUAUUCCGAGGCAAUAAAUAAUCCCCAACUUUCCACUCCAUUCGCGUUUCGCGCUCGCAUUUAAUGACGAUAGCGCUCUCUUUCAAUUCCGCGAAGAAUUAAAAAUAAAUUGGCCCGCGCGCAACGGUGGAAAUUAGCACUCUUAACCUACUAGCUCGCGAAACAAUAAAUUACCGUAAACGCGCGUAACUUUAGCUCGGAAACAAAAGCGCGACAUUACAAAAACUUGCCAUCGAGCGAGAGCAAAAAAUACGCAAGAAAGCAAAUUCCAGGUCGUAAGUCGAGUAUUUAACGCAGGCAUAAACGCCAAGGCAGAAAGAAAAGAAAAUUGAAGGUACGUACGGAAGAAAAAGAGUUCGGCCGUAUAAUUAACCGGCGCGCGUACAUAAUAAACAAAUGGAAGAGCGAGAGAGCGCUCGAUUCGCUAAUGAAUGGGCUGAGCCGCGAGACGAUUCAUACAGCACACAAAACGGCAUAAUACACGUGCGUCAGACGGAAAGCGAAUGAAAAGUAGCGACGACGGAGAGGUAUCGAUGGUAUUCAUUAGCCGCAAAAGAAAGGCAUGAAAAAGUGUGCAUCGUUGGCCUAAUUCCAUUCUCGCUCUCGCGCGAGUUUUUGCCGCAAUUAAACAUCGCGCACGCCUGUCUGCUCUCUCUCUCUCUCUAAGUAUUCUCCCUCUCUCUUUUCUAAUGAAAAUCCUUACGUAAGGGCAACGAUAAUAGAAGCAGCGACGGUAAGAGGGAGGACUCGCUUGCGGAAAAAAAAAUAUGAAUGACCUUGCGUGCGCGCGAAUUUCACUCGAGCCGAGAGCGUAUGCUAUAGUAUAGUGUGUUACUACAUCCGAGCGCUCUUGCGAGCUUCCGCUCGCGCGCGAGUCAUGCAUGGAUGCGCUAGACGGCUCUUCUCUCUCUCUCUCUCUCUCUCUCUCUCUCUCUCUCCAUCGGAUCGCGUUAUGCGUGCGUGCGACGGCUGAUGCGAUAUACACUAUGCAUAACUCGGUUGCGCGUUUUUACACGGCUGGCAUUAUACUCGCUGCUGCUGCUGUGUGUGUGGAUAAGUCACAUGGGUAAACAUAAGGUCGGUGUCGCAGUCGUUGAUCCCACGCGCGAUCGCUGCUUCGCAUUGGAAUAAAUCGCGCAGAAAGGGGAUUUUGUGAUUAAUUUCUGUUAUUCGGAUCGAGGAAUCGCAGUCGAAUUAAUGCACCUCAUAACUCCGAUCAAUAUGUUGUUCGCUUCUUUUACGUAACGUAAAUCCAUUCUCUCACACCUUGACUGGAUUCGCGAAAUGCGCGUCGGAGAGAGCUGAUAGGGUUUCCAGUCGGAUUGCAAAAAUUCAGGCAACGCUCCUAUAUAUAACUGACAAAUUCGAAAAUCCCUUCGUACGAAACUACCUUCUAGUGACUUCACGCGUAGCUACAAAGCACCGCCGACGGCAAAUCCGAUUACGCCUUCACUCGACACUUUCUCUCGCGGUCGGUCCUUGAAAAUGGCUAUAAUCUCUCUCCGGUUCUCUCCGGUCACGGCCAGGAAAAAUACAAGCCAACGGCUGACACUGAUAACGGCGACGUCGAGGAAUAAGACAAGCGCUAGAGCAGCUCAUACGAAGAGAAAUUGUGGGAUGCUCCUGGAUAAGUCAGCGGUGAGAGGAGCCGUAGAAGUAGCCUCGUCGUCGUUUUGGCAGCGCUGCAGGCGAAGAAGAACGAUAAGGGGCAGCAGAGGGGCAAUGCCACGUGGCAGGUAGCGUUGCACUUGGCGUGCGGCCCGGCCCCGCGAGAGGCUCACGUAAAAUGCGCCCGGCCCUGCCGCUCCUGCUCUUCUGGCUUGCCCUCGUGCAAGGCUUGCCCCUGCAUCCCGUCACGCCGCAUCUAGGAAUCAUUCGCAACUCGUACAUCCGCAGCUAUGAACCGGCCUGGUACGACGCGGCCACCCUGCGAAGACAUCGGGAUCGAGUGCGUCGCGACGCUUCGUGGCCCGCAAAGGAUCAGCCACUUAUCCUCCGUGUUCGUGCUCUCGACAAGCAAUGGACAAUGCGCUUGGUGCACGACUCGGGCUUAUUCUCGAAGGACGCCGUGUUCGAGGGCUCCAACGGGCUCAUCGACUUCGACGUCAGCCACUCUUACACCGGCACGAUACUCGAGGACGAGAGCGCGGUGGUGCAGGGAGUCGUGACGGAGGACGGCCUGCUGGACGGCAGCGUCGUCACGGGCAUCGACGAGUACUACAUAGAGCCGGCCAGCAGAUACCUGUCUUCGGAGGAGGACACCUCGCCGCCGUACCACACCAUAGCCUACCGCAUCUCGGAUGUCGAGAAGCCGCCCCAGCCACUCAGGUGCGCCAGUCAGAGUCUCAAGGAGCAAUGGAGUCUCGGAUCGACGCCGGUCAACGAUACGUCGGAGCCGUUCUUCGAACAUCUGGUGGACAACGAGGUCCGCAUGCACGGGGGCUUCUACUCGAAGGAACCCGAGCAGGAUGACGGCGUCUCUACGGCUCAUCAGAAGAUUCGAUUACACCUGGAGCGAUUCGAGAGACAUCUGGCUAAGCGGGCGACGGUCGACCCGCGCAAGACAACGUGCAUGUUGUAUCUGCAGGCCGAUCAUCAGUUCUUCGCACGAUACGGCACGGAGGAGGCCUGCAUCGAAGUUAUGACCAGGCACGUGCAGAAAGUCAACUCGAUCUACAAGCACACAGAUUUCAAUCAAGACGGACGAGCGGACAACAUCAGCUUCAUGAUAAAGCGGGUAAAAGUGCACAGCGACGACGCGCUCAGGGAUCCGAACUACCGGUUUCCCGGCAAGUAUGGCGUCGAGAAAUACCUUGAGCUCUUUUCCGAGGAGGACUAUGACGCAUUCUGCUUGGCGUACAUGUUUACGUACCGGGACUUCGAGAUGGGCACGCUUGGACUGGCCUGGACCGGAGACCUGAAAAAUGCCGGUGGCGUCUGCGAGAAGAACGGGCACUAUCGUGGCAGCAUGAAAUCCCUGAACACCGGCAUAGUGACUUUAUUAAACUACGGUAAGCACGUGCCACCUGCAGUCUCCCAUGUGACGCUCGCUCAUGAGAUUGGCCACAAUUUCGGCUCGCCGCACGAUCCGGAGCAGUGCACACCGGGUGGAGAGGACGGAAAUUUCAUAAUGUUUGCCCGCGCGACCAGCGGCGACAAGCGCAACAAUAAUCGCUUUAGCCCCUGCAGCCUAAAUGCCAUCAACCCCGUGCUCAACACCAAAGCCCGCUCGGCCAAAGGCUGCUUCACCGAACCCCAAGCGUCGCUCUGCGGCAACGGCGUCGUCGAGGACGGCGAGGAAUGCGACUGCGGCUGGGAGGAGGAUUGCCGAGAUUCCUGCUGUUUCCCUCAGCGACGUUACCCGCCGCCCGGGGAGGUGCCGUGUACGUUGACGCCCGGAUCAGUUUGCAGUCCCAGUCAAGGCCCGUGCUGCACGACGGACUGCAGGCUGAGAUUCGGCGACAAGUGCCGGGACGACAACGGCUGUCGGGACGCGAGUUUUUGCGACGGGCGGGCGCCCUACUGUCCACCCUCCAUUAACAAGCCCAACAAAACCAUCUGCAAUCAAGAGCUCGUCUGUUUCAUGGGGGAGUGUACGGGCAGUAUUUGCCUCGCCUACGGACUCGAAUCUUGCCAGUGCAUCCCCGGACCCGACGACCCUGCCACCAAGGCCUGCGAGCUCUGCUGCCGCUUGCCAGGGGAGAAUCAACCCUGCCUCUCGUCGUUCGAUUGGAACUCGCCGCCGUACGACAUUCCUGACAUGUUUGCGAAGCCAGGCACGCCCUGCAACGACUACAACGGCUACUGUGACGUUUUCCAAAAGUGCAGGGAAGUCGAUCCUAGUGGACCUCUGGCUACCCUCAGGAAACUCCUGCUUUCCGAUGAGAGUCUCGCCACCUUCCGACGCUGGAUUUCGGAGCACUGGUAUGCUGCGACCCUCAUCGUCCUCGGCGCUAUUUCCAUAUUGGUGAUGAGCACGAAAUUGUUGCGAAAAAGACCGGGCAAGAAGCUCAAGUCCGUGACGAUAAUCCACAGCUCGACGACGGAAACGGUACGACUACCGCCGGAGGGAGCCGAGGGGGUGACUGUCCACCCUCCAGCAGUUCGAGCGAAGCUGCCACUCAGCAAGAAGGUUCGCGAGAAGAGACGCAGACCCAAGCGUAAGAAGGAUGUCACGGCUCACGACAAGUCUUCCAAGGCAAAGAGAAAACGCGUAGUUGCAGCGGCAGCUACGGCAGUAGACGAGGACAAUUCGCGCAAGCGACAAUCCGCGGUGGUGUUAAACAAUAGUUCCGGCCCAGGCAUCCUCGACGCAACGAAGCAACUACAACAGUUCAUGCAACGAGCGCCGAAGGACAAGCCAGACAAGGCUGCCCUCGAAGCAGCCGUAGCUGCUGCCGGCAAGAAAAAGACGACACAGCAGCAGCCUCAACCAGCCCAACAUCGAAAGAAAAAGGAGGUCAUUGACUAUUCGGCGGCACAGGCCGAGAAACAGGACGUGGCCGCUGCCGCGGCUGCUGCACCUGUGACUAACGCGACGGCGAACCCCUUGCCUGCAACCAUGGUCAUAGGAGCCGUCGGAGGUGCUAACGCUGCGGAUCCCAAGAGCAAGGUGCGCUCUUGGUUGUUGGCCUCGCACACACCCGCGGCUGGUGCUGCCGCUCUACCCAAGAGCAAGUCCAGUCCGAUGAACCUGCAGGCCAACCCCGUCGCCGGCCUGCAGCCAACCAGGCCCUCCGCGUCUGCGGCUCGCAACGCACGACAAGUGAGUUUGAGAAGACUGGCUGGCUCUAAAUCGCGCAGUGCUGGUAACCUGAACCGUAACGAUACCGCGGCGGCAGCCUCCAACUCCAAGAAUGACCGUGUAAGGUUGCAGGUGCUUUAUAAGCCACCGUUCAAAUUCACGGUGCGUUUGCGUAAGGCCGACAAGGUGGGUCAGCUACCAGCUGGUGCGUCGAGACAGCAGCAGCAACAAGCAGCUAACCCUGCAGGACCAAGGACUGGAGUGCUUGUGCGAUCGCUCGCCGCCGACAAGAGCAAACAAGAGCGUAAGCAGCGCAAGUCCAAGCCAAGCAGGGCUUCAUCCAAGCUCAGCCAAGCUUCCUGUAUUGCCGAGCCGGCCAACUCGGACCUACACACCGUGCCGUCGGACCUCGAGGUGCUACUGUCUGAGAGCGAGUUUCUCUUUAAUGACGCGUGAUCAACCAUUUAUAGGCCGCAUUGCUUUAGCUAUCGAUCAAAAAUACAUCUUUGCUAUAAAUAAGAGAGAAAAUAACUGCCUGUGCACUUAUGUACAAAAGGACUAAUUCAAAAUGACGGUCAGAUAGAUGUGUCGGAGAUACUACGAGCUCGCACUGUUGUAUAUAAGAUUUACUGUGAUCUAUAGCGAGCCUCGUGUACCUUGUAGUCAUUGUCGUCGAUGACUUUGAGGUAAAGUAAUAACGUUCCUGCAGGCGACCACAUAGUGCGUCGGCGAGAUAAGAGACCUCUCACACCUACGGAUUUACGAGUACUUACAAAUGCGGCCGGGAACUUUUCUUCAUUUGUAUUAUUUUGCUCGUGCCCAUGCAUCUAUUUCAGAUGCGCCAUCGUCUUUAUCGCUUGCCUCUUUAAGAUUUUAUUGUAUUCUUACACAUUUUUAAUUUUUUUCUCUUUAAUUACUCGUUAUUAUUUUCUAAUUGAAAAUACAUUGAAUCUUCUCAGAUUCUAUGGCGAAGAUGCACUUAAUCGACUAGUCAUAGGUUCACCGGUGAGCUAGAUCUUUUGCUCGUGCGUUUACUAGGAAAUUUGAAAUUUCCACGUCCAUAUUUUUCUUCCGUCUUAAGUUCUAUGACCAUUCACGCAUGUGUUCAGAUUUAAUACUCUUAUGCUGCUCAAUGUUUACCAUUUUGGUGACUACAUUUUUUGUACGUUUGCGAUAUCGUGAGAUUCAAGACUAUUGAACAAUUUAAAAAAAGAAACGUUUAAAAUAUAAGUAGAAAUAUUUUCAAAUUUUAGUCUUGAAAAUUGAUAUUACAGAUUAACGAGGACGUGGAGAUUUUGUAGCGAGUACGCGCGAAAUGCAUUCAAAACUGUCAAUAUAUACAUUAUACAUAUAAUUAUUCCCUCUGCCGGAGCUUUAUUGCAAGAUGCUGCAUUAUAUUGGUUUACACAGCAACAAGAGUCGAGGUAGGUUAUCGGAAAGGGAUCAAAUGUAGUUAAGAAUUUGGUCGUGUUAAAACUGCACGUACCAAUGCGAGUCAUUGCGAAAAUGCUGCCACAUCCUUCUAUUAGAAACUGUGUCGUUGUUGAUAAAAAAAUCAAAUCGAGCUGCAGUAAGGAUAAGCGGAAAAAUGAUGCCUUCAAAGUAUGAAAUUGAAUUUUUUGUGAAUAAUUUAAAAUGAUUGGAGCUGCACAGAGAUUGGUAACAAUGACUUAAUAAAUUAGUAAUAUCUUGCCUAUGUUGUGCGAGAAUAUACAAGGUUGUAACAAAGGCUUCGUACAACUCUCUAACAUGGUUCCCGCAACUAGGGUAUUCUAUAGUCGAACGUUCGAGCCACGAAGCCGGCGCACGGUUCUUGCAUGUAAAUAUGCGCAAACUAAACGUAAUUUGAAUAUAAAGCAGGGGGAUAUGUGUGCGUAGAGUGGGAGAUAAAAGAGGAAAAGAAAAGAGGAUCUGCCUGCUUUUGACACGAAAGUUGAUGUUCCAGCAAAAGAACGAUAGUUUGCUAAGUCGCAACUUAUACUGAUAUUUUUGUGAUGCUGUAAAUAUUUGUAUCAAAUCUCAAGUAUCCAAGUCCAAGCGUGCAUUUUACCAGUUGACCACUUUCGGUCGACUACUUUUAUAAUUCUGCAUCUUCUUCUUAGCCCAGUACUCAUUAUUAUUAUUAUUUUAUUAUUAUUAACAUUCAGCAUGUACUACUUAACGCAUUACCGAAGAUUAAUUAUUUGUUUUACUUAUGGUUGCUUUGACAAAUGUAAUCUUUAUUAAUUUCGCUACUACGCCGCUAUCUUGAUUAUUAUUAUUAUUAUCGUCAUCAUUAUUAUUAUUAUUAUUAUUAUUAUUAUUAUUAUUAUUAUUAUUAUUAUUAUUAUUAUUAUUGCUAUUCUAUUGCGCAAACUAUUAUUACAAAUAAACCAUAUAAAUAGCGGUCUUCGUUAAUUUUCUGUAUCGUAGAUGCUGCGAAGUACUGGAACUUGAUUAUUCCCCUUACCUUUACUGUAAUUCUGCGUAAAAACUUUCAAUAGAUAAAACGGCUUGAAUACUACGUAAAUGACUAAUUGGUGCUUUGUAAAUAAAUUAAAAACAAUUUGUUGAUCAUUUAAGAAUAGAAUAAAGAUAACUGUUGGAUUUAAAAUAAAAUCCAAUAGAAAUACGUGAACGUCCAAGUACUGCCCAGCUCCGAUGCAACAUUUCGUGACUAUCGCUAAAAUUCAAAUUCUAUGCUUUUUCAGUACUUAUUUGUUGAAUCGUUCAUGGGCCCAUUCAUUACAUCCAUGGAAUCAAACAUGAUUGAGCUCAUGACUGAUUAAACAGAAAAAGCCAAGAGUUUGAGAUAGGAAUUUAGAGUUUUCAUGAGCAAGACUUAAGUUCUUGUAUAAAAAUCUACUAUUGACUGGUCUUCCACUUUAUUGGGUUUCUUCAUCUACUUUUGACAAGGAUUCCAUUUUAUUAAAGUGACUUUAGCCAAGUGCUUAAUUUUUAGUGUAAGUAUAUUGCUCUAGCCUAAAUAUGCAAUGAUAUUGCGUAAAAAAAAAGAAUAAAAUGAAAAACUAGUUAUAACUAAUUUAAUGUGAAUUCAUCAUGUAGAAAUACGACGAGUGAAAAAUAAUAAUUAUGAAAACUCUGUAUGGAACAAAUGUAUGCAACUAAUCAACGACAAAUUAAUUGUUCAUAUUUUAUAGAUAUUUCGAUUUGCGCCCGAAUGUGUUGGAUCAUUUUUAAAACUGUAAUAUAAAAAACGUUUUUGUAUACAUGUUAUUUUUUGAGCCGACAAACGAAUUAUUAAAAGUCCUGUUAGACUUUUCUAAAAUAGCCUGGCUACUUAAUAUGUCAAAAUCUCAUUAGUAAACUAAAAAUGGUUGCUGCUGUAUUUUUACACGAAAAUUAAGUGUAAAUAACGUUAACGAUGGCUGUAACAUUCUUGUACUAUGUAUAUAUACAAAUGUACUAAUAAAGUCUAGGAUGAUACUUUAAAAA